AUGGACAGCCCUUUCCUGUCAGUCUACAAUACAAGGGUGGAGUUUACAACGAAUAAACAAAUUUCUAUAGAGUUGACUGAAGAUAUAGGCCUGAAACAUUCACUGGACAAAUCAUUCACCUGGCAUUUUCUGUCUAUUGUUUGGACCACCAAUGGAAGUGUAAAGAUUACUUUUGAUUUUGUAACAGUAAUUGAGACAACAAUACCAGCAGUGCCACCGUCUGAUGUAUUUGUGUUCGUAGACCUUGGACAAUCAUUCUAUGGAUACAUGUCCCAAGUAUCAGUCUGGAAAACAGCUCUCACUUCUGAAGAACACUUUGACAUUCUACUUCUAGGGUGGACCCAGUAUUCCUUUGAUAGUUCAGUGAAAAUAACAAGGAGUUCCACAGCAGCAAGAUCACUUUCGAUUUGCGACAUUCAAAAUACCAUUGCAAAGAUGGGUCUCAAUAGUCCAGCUUGUAAACAUAUCAAAUUUACAGAUAAAACACCCCCAGAAGUAAAUUACUGCGAAGAGAGUAUAUUAAUAACUGCUGACUACAGUCAACAUCAGUACAACUCAAGUGACCUGAGAUAUACAUUUUUAGAUGACACUGAUGGAACAGUACCCAUCAUUGAAAGCCAGUUGUUUUCCUACGGUGCCUCUGAUAUUGCUGUCUCAUCAACGGACUCAGCAGGAAACAUUGGAGUGUGUAUGACAAGAGCUUACGUUACACCAAAUCAGUGCAUUGACACCGAGCCAUCAUUUGCUGCAAAAUGCUCUGACAACAUGGAUGGAAGGAAGGUGACUUGCCCACCUGGCAUGCUGCCUAGUGUUCCAACACCCAACUUUGUCUCCUGUAGCAAACUGUUGACUUACAAUCUGGAUAAUAUGUAUGAGAAACCUGAUAGAAUUGUUUGUGGAGGUGAGUUCUUUUACGUGAAGUUAAUACUUCAGCUGAAUAUUGGAUCUGUAUUUAUUGCUUCUUCUUCAUUCAUUUCUUUAUGA